GAGGUUGUUUUGGGUCCUUCGUAACAGUGGGCGCCAGUCGCGCUUUAAACUGCAGUCGGUAGUUGCUUCUAUGGCUUCACGGCAAUAUUAGGAUUAAAGCUAUUUACCUAAUCGUGAAAGUGCAUACAAUUUAACCUGCUUGUGUUACAUAAAAUUUAAUCAUGAACCUGGAGUUGCUCGAGUCCUUCGGGCAGAAUUAUCCAGAGGAGGCUGAUGGCACGCUGGACUGCAUCAGCAUGGCCCUCACAUGCACCUUCAACCGCUGGGGCACUCUCCUAGCAGUAGGCUGCAACGACGGUCGCAUCGUCAUCUGGGACUUCCUCACCCGCGGAAUCGCAAAAAUAAUCAGCGCACACAUACACCCUGUCUGCUCGCUCUGCUGGAGUAGAGAUGGCCACAAGCUGGUCAGCGCCUCCACGGACAACAUCGUGUCCCAGUGGGAUGUCCUCACAGGCGACUGCGAUCAGAGAUUCCGCUUCCCCUCCCCCAUCCUCAAACUGCAGUAUCACCCGCGAAACCUAGACAAAGUCCUGGUCUGUCCCAUGAAGUCGGCCCCAGUUCUGCUCACCCUCUCAGACUCCAAGCACGUGGUCCUGCCCGUGGACGACGACUCGGACCUGAACGUGGUCGCUGCCUUUGACCGGCGUGGGGAGUACAUCUACACGGGCAAUGCUAAGGGAAAGAUUCUGGUGCUGAAGACAAACACGCAGGAUCUGGUGGCUUCCUUUAGGGUGACCACAGGCACCAGCAACACAACUGCCAUUAAGUCCAUCGAGUUUGCACGGAAAGGCAGCUGCUUCCUCAUCAACACGGCCGACCGCAUCAUCAGAGUGUACGACGGGCGGGAGAUCCUCACCUGCGGACGGGACGGGGAGCCUGAGCCCAUGCAGAAGCUCCAGGACCUCGUCAACAGGACACCCUGGAAGAGGUGCUGCUUCUCAGGGGACGGGGAGUACAUCGUGGCAGGCUCUGCCCGUCAGCAUGCCCUGUACAUCUGGGAGAAGAGCAUCGGGAACCUGGUGAAGAUCCUCCACGGCACACGAGGGGAGCUGCUGCUGGAUGUGGCGUGGCACCCGGUGCGGCCGAUCAUCGCUUCAAUCUCCAGCGGAGUGGUGUCCAUCUGGGCCCAGAACCAAGUGGAAAACUGGAGUGCGUUUGCUCCAGACUUUAAAGAGCUGGAUGAGAAUGUGGAGUAUGAGGAGAGGGAGUCUGAGUUCGACAUCGAGGAUGAGGACAAGAGCGAGCCCGAGCAGACAGGUGCGGAUGCAGCCGAGGAUGAGGAAGUGGACGUGACCUCGGUUGACCCCAUCGUGGCCUUUUGCAGCAGCGAUGAGGAGCUGGAGGACUACAAGGCCCUGCUGUACCUGCCCAUCGCCCCGGAGGUGGAGGACCCUGAAGAGAACCCCUUCGGCCCCCCGCCUGACGCGGCCGGGCAGACCACCGCGGCGGAGGACGGCUCCGCGCACUCGGGGGGCGGAGAGAAGAAGCAGAGGCAGCCCUCCGCUGAGGGAGCCCCGCCCAGGAAGAAGGCCCGCACCACCACCAUCGAGCUGCAGGGCGUCCCGAGUGACGAAGUGCACCCCCUCCUGGGCGUGAAGGGCGACGGCAAGUCCAAGAAGAAGACGGCGGGCCGACCGAAGGGAUCGAAAGGUAAAGAGAAAGAUUCCUCCUUUAGACCCAAAGUCUACAAAGGGGACAGGGGCUUCCCUCUGGAUGCAGAAGCAGGUGGAGCUAAGGGCAAAGUGCAGGCAGACGUGCCAGGAAACCUGGGUCCACCAUCAUACAAACAGCUUGAUGUCCAGGGGUUGGACUAGACCAAACCACAGUGCCCCCUGGUGGCAGAAAGCCAAAAGACUCCUUACCCCCCCCCACCCUGCAGAUUCACAUUCAAUCUCUUGAAUCCCCUGACAGUGCACCUAGCCAGCAGUGUACUCCCUAUGUCUAAUAAUAGCCCACCUCUACCCCAGUGGCUUCUGGGUGUCUUGUGGAGUGUGCACCACUAGGGGCGGAGUCUGUGGCUCCAUAAGACUUUCGGAUCAUGAUCGCAAAGCCUGGAUUUCUGUUGUACUUUUACUCUGCACAGCCACCUUCACAAACAUGAAGAACAGCUGAACACACGUCUCUAACCGAAUAUAGGAGUCUCCUUCAUUUCUGGAGAUCAAUUACAGCAAAGUGCUGUGCCAUUCUUGUGUAUUUAAAAAAAAAAAAACAAACAAAAAAAAAACUUGAUUUCUUCUUGCCUGUGCUUUUUAUUAAAUGAAAGAAGAGUUUGACAGUUAAUUUUCUACCUGUAGAAUCUUUUCAUUACUGUAUGAUCCCCAUCAUGAGCUGUCUUCUCUUGUGUAAAUGUAAUUUUUAAUAAAAAUAAGUGGUUAGAUUGAACUACAUCAGCCAGAUGGGUGCCAGCUGUUACUGAAUCUUCUUAAUUAUAUAAAGAAUAUGUUGCCGGCAGUUUGUUGUUCACACCCUAGCAUUUCUGACUAGUAUCACUAGGUGGCAUCAGAAUACUGUAGAAAGAUAGAUGUGUGGUAUUUCUCCAGUCUCUUUCUUAUUCGAUGCUCUUGUGCUCGACUUUAACCCACCGACCAAUCUCAGUUGACACACCCAUGAUAGAUUAUUUAUUUUUGGAUUUUGGCGGUAAAAGUUCAAAAGUCUGUGUUUUGGUGUUUUUAUUCUUGCCUUAUUCAGUUAGGCCAUGUUAUGGGGAAAAGACAAACGAGAUUCCUCUGGACACGGGCUUUAAUCUGGGUGUACAGGAUGUAUAGCUGGUCAAGACUCCUUGGGUUGGGCAAAGUUUGUCUCCGGCAUUAUAUAACGUUUGCAUACCCGUAAUCUUUUGCUUCUAAGACUUUUACAGGCACAUAAUGUUACAUCACAGUAUCAUAAUUCUUUAAUGAGGAGUUUCUUGAUUCAUGCAAACGUUUUGGGGGAUUAAAUGCAUUUAGAGAACACCUAAAACUGCUUAUCUGAGCAUGUUAAGUACUUGGGAAUUAUAACUUUUCUUUUGUUAGGAAAAUAAAACACUUAAAACCAUAAGCUUUUUUACAGUGGGUAUGGAAAAAUAUACUUUUUUUUAAAUGCUAAUGCUUUGUACAUAAAUGUUUGUGGAGUUGUGUAGAUACCCUUUUUAUAUUUUCAUAAACACUUCCUAAACUAGA